AUGAUCAACGAAAAGAAACAAAAUAUAUAUUUAAAUGAAAAUGAAGAAAAUAAAACUGACAUCUCUAAAUUAGUAGAGGAUAAUAAUCAGAAUUCAAAAAAAUCAAAUGAAGAAAAAUAUAAUAUUCAUAAUUGGAAGAAUAGUAAAAAUAUAAUAAUUAAUAAAAAAAAUUUUAAAAAAAACGAUGAAGAAAAAAUAAUUAAAAAUAUGAACAUUAAAAAUUUAGAGGAAUGUUCAGAAAACAUUCAAAAUAAAAUUAUAAAAUCUACAGAUAAUAAAAAAAUGAAAAAUUCUCCACAUUUUAUUAAAGGAGACAUUAAUGAUAAUGUAAUUAAUCAAAAUUAUUAUAAUGAAAAAAAUAUGAAAAUAAAUAAGGAUAAAAUAAAAAGAAAAGUAGAAAAUCAUAUUAAUAAUGAAGAAAACAUAAAUGAGAAAAAUAUAGAAAAAAGCAAUACGUUUCUAAAAUGUGAAACUUCUUUAAUUAAAACGGAAAAGAUGAAUAAAAACAAUGAAAAGGUUCUAAAUGAAGAAAGAGUUGAAGAAAAUAUGAUAAAUGAAAACAAAGCUGACGAAAAAAAAAUUAUAAAUAAAAAUAUUUUAUAUAAAGAAAAGUGGGACAAUAAUGAUAUAGAACAUUCACAUAAAAAUAACAAAUUUGUAAAAGGUAACUUAAAUUCUGCAGAAAAAAGUGAAACAAUAGAUGAAAAAUUAAAAAAAAAAACUUUUUAUUCACAUAACGUUAGUACCAUGAAUGAUAAUUUUGAAAAAGAUUCAUAUUUAUAUGAGAAAAAAAGAAAUGAAAGUAAUGAAGACGAACAUGAUGAAAAUAAAAAAGAUCAUUUUCAAUAUGUUAAAGAAGAAAAUUAUAAGGAUGAUAAAAAAAAUGAAAUAAAUUAUAAUAAUGAAAUGGAAGAAAAUAGAUAUGAAAAAGAAGACAAUUUUUUAGAAAAUAAUAACUCGAAAAAAAAAAUUACACUUUUAAAAAGAAAUGAAAUGAAAUAUGAAGAAUAUGUUAAUGAAAAAUCAUCUAUUAGUAAUAAUAACUAUAAUAAUAAUACGAAAAAUGAAAAGACCUUAGAACAAAGAGAAAAAGAAUAUAAUAAAAUCAGAGCAAGAAUUUUUUCAAAUUUUAAUAAAAAAAAAAAUAUUUUGAAAUUAGAUAGUGAUAAUAUAAAUAAUAAUUAUGUAAAUAAUAUUUCAUUUAAUAUAUCCAAUGCAGACCCGUAUGCAUAUAUGAAUAAUUUUUAUAAUAUUUUUCCAAAUAAUUCUUUUAAUCAAUUUUAUUCACAAAAUGUUCCUAUAUGUAAUUUGAAUGCAUCUGCUGAUAUUCCAUCAUCUUAUUAUUUUCAUGAUAAUAAUAUUCCAUAUUCAAAUUAUUUAUAUAAUCUUCAAAAUCAGCAAAAUUUUAUGAAUAAUAAUACAUUAUAUCCAUUCAAUAAUAAUAUAUCCACUAAUAAAUAUUUUGACAACUAUAAAAAUAAUGGUUAUUUAAAUAAUAAUAAUAGCAGUAAUAAUAAUAAUAAUAAUAAUAGUAAUAAUAAUAAUAAUAAUAGUAGUAAUAAUAAUAAUAAUAGUAAUAGUAAUAAUAAUAGUAAUAGUAAUAAUAAUAAUAAAAAUAAUAGUAAUAAUAGUAAUAAUAAUAAUAAUAGUAGUAAUAAUAGUAAUAAUAAUAAUAAUGUCAGUAAUAACAUUAAUAAUGAUAAUAUUAACAGUAAUGAUGUAAAUUAUAAUAAUAAUGAUAAUAAUAACAAUAAUAAUAAUAAUAGUAGUAAUAAUUAUAAUAAUAAUAAUAGUAAUAAUAAUAAUAUUAAUAAGAUAAGUAAUAAUAGUAAUAAUAAUUCUACCACUGCUGGUAAUAAUAAUAAUAAAAAUAAAAAUAAAAAUAAUAAUAAUAAUAUUAAUAGUAGUAAUAAUAAUAAUAAUUCUACUACUGCUGGUAAUAAUAAUAAUAAAAAUAAAAAUAAUAUUAAUAGUAAUAAUAAUAAUAAUAAUAAUAAGGAUAAUAUUAAUAAUAAUAAUAAUAAAACUUCUAAAAACGUUAAUAGAAAUUUUUAUGAUAUAAAUAAUUCAAUGUAUAAUAAUCCUUAUGCCGUCAAUGCAUAUUUAGAUGAAGUGAAAAAAAACAAUUUAAAUAGUAAUAUAUAUCCUCAAUUGAAUAUAAAUAAUAACUUAAAUAAUGAUUGUAAAAAUCAAAUAACAAAUAUUGAUCAUAACAAAAAUUCCUUUCCAAUAAAAAAAGAAUUAAAUUCCUAUUAUUCCUUAAAUAAUAAAAUAAAAAAUGCAAAUAAUGAAAACAAGAAUUUUUAUUACAAUAAAAAUGAUAAUAAUUCAAAUAAAAAAAACUUAAGGAUGUCACAGAAAAGUGCAAAUAAAAAUGACAUAGUUCACACUAAUUUUUCUACAGAAAAAAAAAUAGAAACAAAUAAUAAUAAAAAGAAUAGUAUCAAUAAUAAUGACAAAAUUAUUAACAAAAAUAAUAGCAAUCAUAAUAAUAAUAAUAAUAACAAUAAUAAUAAUAACAAUCAUAACAAAAUUAGUAACACAAAUAACAGUAAUAAUAAUAAAUGUUGUAAUGUUAAUAUUAAUAAAAAAAGUAACACCACUAAAUCUAUUAUUACUAAUACUAAUAACAGUAAUAAUGAUAAUAAUAGUAAUGAUGAUAAUAAUAAUUAUAAAAUAAAUGAAAAAAAUUGUAAUAAAAGUGAUGAAAGAUAUGGAAUUUUAAAUAAACAUAUAAAAUCCUUUAAUAAUAACAAUAAUAUUGAUUAUACAGAGGAAAAAAAUAUAAAUGAUAUUCAUGAUAAAUUAAACAAUAAAAAAGAAAAUAUAGCUAAUUUUGAAAAAAAUUAUAAAAAAAAUAUGUUUUCUAAUGUGAAUACGGAAGAUAAUAAUUCACCAAAAAAAAUGCAUAAUUUAAACUUAAAAAUAGAAAAUAACAAUAAUAAUAUAGAUAAACAAAAAGUUCCUUAUGUAAAACCAGUUAGGAGUGCUAUUGAAAAAGAAAAUUAUAAUAUAGAUGAAAACAAAGCAGUUUCAAUAGAACCAAAUAACAAAAAUGAAAUAGAAUUAAAAGGAAAAAAGAAAAAAAACACAAAUAAAAAAAAAAAAAAAAUUGCUCAAAAUGAUGUUAACAAAAUUCCUAUCAACAAUAUGAAUAAUGUAAUGUAUUUUUCAAAUAGAGAUUUUCAGAAAGAUGAUAAUAGGUUAUUUUUAUAUAAUCAAAAUAAUAAUAUGCAAAAUAAUAAUUUUAAUUAUAAUUUAAUUAACUAUCCAUAUCAAGCUUAUUAUUCGCAAAAUAUAAUAAAUGAUUUAGAUUAUUGUAGAGAUAUAUCAUUAUAUGAAAAAAGAUAUGAUAAAGGAGAUAAUUUACUACAUAAUCAUAAAAGAUAUGAUAUUGAUUUUCCAUCAUUAUAA